AUGUUCGUGGGCUACGAAGAAGUGUCGAAGGCGUAUCAAGUUUAUGACGUUGAGGCGGGGAAGAUGGUCGUCAGUCGUGAUGUCAACUUCGACGAAUCCACCUUUGCACUUCCACCACCGAUCACUGAUGAAGUUGCCGAUGACCUGGACUUCAAAUUACUCAACGAUGAAGAGCCGCGUCAGGUAGAGUACAAGCAAACAGGCAAGCGCAAGAGCCGCCUCGAUGAUGAAGAUGCAGCUGCUCAACUACUGCGUGCAUUGAGUCAACGGCCUGGACUAGUAGAGUCAAGCACGCCGGACAGCAACUCGUCAUGCUUAGAAGAAGACGCAGAAACGAAGGAUUCUGUUGAAUCAACUCCGCCUGUGUUUUGGCGUGCGAGUGCGAAUGCCGUAGAAACAGCAGCGGGUUUAUUGGAGUCUUCAACAUUUGAGGCAGCACUACCUAACGGACCACGCGCCAUUGGUAAGAAGUGGGUCUUCAAGAUCAAGCGUAAAGUGGAUGGAUCUAUCGAGAAGUACAAGGCACGACUUGUGGCCAAGGGUUUCCGCCAAAAGUACGACAUCGACUACACGGAGACAUUUUCGCCCGUGGUCAAGUAUGUGACUCUGCGAAUGGAACAAGUGAUCUCUGUGAUUCCUGAAGGCGUCAACCUUGAUACGUCGUACCUCGACCCAUGUCUCUACAUCAAGACUUCGGACGGCCAUUGUGUGCUUGUACUGGUCGACGUGGAAGACGUCUUGGUGACUGGAAGCUCGCUCGAGCUAAUUACACGAAACAAGAACGACCUGAAGACACGCUUUGAGAUGACUGAUAGCGGCAAGUGUGCAUUUGUUCUUGGAAUUGAGCUUUUGGACGGUGAAGGUGGCAGUGUGACUCUGUGUCAGCGCCAUUAUGUCGAUGAUAUCCUCAAGCGCUUUGGAAUGGAGGAGGAGUGCAAGGCUGUGGCGAGUCCUGUGGAUGUCAGUUCUCGACUGAUGUCAAGCAGCACUGCGAGCAAGAUCGAUGUUCCAUUCCGUGAAGCUGUUGGUGCUUUGAUGCAUCUGACGACUGCAAAACGACCGGACAUUGCCUAUGCUGUGAGCUUUGUGUCGCGCUUCAUGAAGAUUCCCCAAGAAGAACACUGGGUUGCGGUCAAGCGCAUCUUUCGCUACCUAUAA